CAUGGCAGCAGGGGGUCAGUGAUGCUGUAUGGGCCACAUAUAAGUGUGUGUGUGUCUGCUGGAGGUACCCGAGGAGGAAACAGCAUCCAGGGACCCUGAUGGCUUCAUGUUUUAGAGCUGUGUGAAGAUGAACUCUGAGACUCCUCUCUGGGAUUCAAAGAGCUCAGACAGUCAGACGUCUUCUUCAUGGUGUUUCUGCAGCGGGACAGAGUUUAUGAUCAUUUCUCCUCACACUGAGUCAACUUCACCCGGACUCUAAACUACAGCACAGGAUGUCACCCUUCAGGCUCCCUCUGCUCCUGCAUGGGAUCCUCCUGUGCAGCUCCUUCGCUCCUGUCCCGGUCAUCAGCAGCAGCAGGAGACAAACCGUCCACAGUGUGGGCUCCCUGGUUUGGACCAGCGGCAGCUCUUGGGACAAGAGGGACACAACGGGCAGAGACGGAGAGUACCUGCUGGGCAUAAAGAGACUGAGGAGGCUGUACUGUAACGUGGGCAUCGGCUUCCACAUCCAGGUCUUACCCAGCGGGAAGAUCACAGGCGUGCACACAGAGAACAGAUACAGCCUGCUGGAGAUUUCUCCGGUGGAGAGAGGAGUGGUGACGCUGUUCGGGGUGAAGAGCGGACUCUUUGUCGCAAUGAGCGACAAAGGAAAACUCUAUGGUUCGGGUCACUACAACGAUGAAUGCAAGUUCAAGGAGCAGCUCCUCGCCAACAACUACAACGCCUAUGAGUCGGCUGCAUACCCAGGCAUGUUCAUCGGACUCGGUAAGACUGGGAAAACCAAGAGAGGAAACCGGGUCAGCCCCACCAUGACCAUGACGCACUUCCUCCCAAGGAUAUAAAGUUUCCAGAUCAGAACUCUCCAGGACAUUCCAGGACUGAUUCAAGGCCAGUGUUCAUCAGACUCUAUCAGGACACCUCCUGCAGUGAAACCAGCAGACCGGGAUAGAGGCUGUGAGAAGUUUAUGCUCAGCAGCGCUGCAGGACCUGGUGUGUGAGCGACGCCUCCGGAGGGCAGACAGAGUUAACACGUCCAACAGUCUUAAGAUUCAGGGAGAGCGACAGCACACACACACGCUGACUCCUCCUCUUUCAUACAGGAUUUGCACUUUGAGUUUUUGUACUUGCACGCAGAGAUUAAAGCUGCAGGUGCUCCACUGAAACAGGCUCCAGCUCACUUCUCACCUGUGAUUAUCUGUGUUGUUCAGAUGUUCCAAUAGAAGUUGUAUUUAUGGUGUACUGAAUAAAGAUGUUCUAUUCUC